AUGGAGAUGGCCAUGGCGCAGGAGGUGCAGCAGAAGCUCACGGAGGUGAGCGGCAAGGAGAGCGCAGCCAUGGAGGCUUUUGGCAAGGCCUUGACGCAGAUCCCAGUCAUCCUCGCCGACAAUGCUGGCCUGGAUGCGGCGGAGCUGGCGGGGCAGCUGCGAGCAGCGCACGCCAAAGGAGAGCACUCCACUGGCUUGGAGUUCACCUCCGGUGGCGUGGCUGACAUGAAGCAGCCCGGGCUGGGCAUCAUGGAGUCCUUUAGGAGCAAGAUGUCGCAGCUCUGCUCCGCGGCAGAGGCGGCAGAGAUGAUCAUCCGAGUGGAUGACAUCAUCAAGACCUUCGGCACAAGGGAAGGGCACGGGUUCUUUUUCCAAAACGGGUCCUCGCAGAAGCUUGCCUGCUGA